CUCCUCUCAAUCCACAAUCUGCGACUAACAGACCCUCCCCCCGAUGGAUGCGGCAGAAACCAAUGCACUGAAAUUGUGAAGUUAUACAACUGCUCUUUCUUCACUGACUUCAUCUGGAAAUCAUUUUCCACCGCUGGAAAUUUGUUAUAAUAUCGUGAGGUAGUUUACUUGGAGAUUUUUCGUCGCAUAAAUAGACUAUCGCCGCAAAUACAGUGGAUUAACAACAAAUGCUUUUCACCCAGCUGGAGUUUAUCCAUUGCUCUCCUCUGACUGGCCUUCUACGACCGUCUGUUUCUCCAUCCACGAGGUGAAGUAUGGAGGUCUGGUGAGCCAUCGGAUAUGUUUUGGUUUGGGAUGACACUGGCCAGACACACCAGAGCCGAGGUAGAAAUAGAACGAGUAGAGAUGAGGACCAUGCAGUCACUGCAGACCUGUACCGUCCUGCUGGUUCUGAGCGUUCUGAUUGGCCUGUCCUGGUCUCUGAACCCCAGGGACCCCAACGUGUGUAGUGUAUGGGAGAGCUUCCCAACCUCAGUGAAGGAGUCGUAUGCCCACCCUUAUGACCAGGUGACAGAGGAACCUUGCUCCGAGCCACGCACCUCUUACAGAUGCACCCGUCACAGGAUCACCUAUAAGACAGCAUACAGACAGGCGGUGAAGAUGGACUACCGCCGGAGGUACCAGUGUUGCCCUGGUUACUACGAGAGCAGAGACAAAUGUGUCCCUCGCUGUACUAAGGAGUGUGUCCAUGGGAGAUGUGUUGCUCCAGACCGCUGCCAGUGUGAGGGAGGCUGGCGUGGCGACGACUGCUCCAGUGCCUGCGAUGACCAACACUGGGGUCCAGGUUGUGGUCAGCUGUGUAAGUGUGAGAACGGAGGCCUGUGCAAUCCUGUGACCGGUACCUGCCAGUGUCCUCCAGGCUACAUUGGGCGCCGCUGUGAGGACCCCUGCCCACCAGUCACCUUUGGCAAGGGCUGUCUUCAGAAGUGCCAGUGUGGAACUGGGGGUUCCUGCAAUAAAGUGACCGGAGAGUGCCUGUGUCGAGAAAAUUUCACUGGUACAUUCUGUGAGAAGUCUUGCCCAAAGAUUCGAUGCCUGCCGCGAUGCCCGUGCCAGAACGGGGGCAUUUGCCAGGGGAAAGGAAUCUGUGCGUGCCCCCCUGGGUGGACGGGUGAGGUGUGUACAGAGCGCUGUGCAGAGGGCAGGUUUGGUCCUAACUGUGCCCAAGAGUGUGUAUGUCACAACCGGGGCCACUGCGACCCUGAGACAGGCCAGUGCAAUUGUGCUGAAGGCUUCACUGGAAACAGGUGCAGCGAGGAGUGUCAGGUGGGUAGUUAUGGGCGGGACUGUAAGGGUGUGUGCGACUGUGCCAACGGGGCUCGCUGCUUUAACAUCGACGGAGGCUGUCUGUGUGAGCCUGGCUUCAGUGGACCCCAGUGCAGAGAGAGGAUGUGUAGGCACGGCACCUACGGCCUUCACUGUGAACACACCUGCCUCUGCCACGACACACACACACUCAGCUGUCACCCACUGAAAGGCGAAUGCACGUGCCAGCCUGGCUGGGCGGGGCUUUACUGCAACGAGACCUGCGCCCGUGGUUACUACGGCCAUGGUUGCCUGGAGCCCUGCCUGUGUGUCAACGGAGGGGUGUGUGACAGUGUGAGCGGGCGCUGCCACUGUGCCCCUGGGUACACGGGUGCUCACUGUGAGAGUCCCUGUAAGAGUGGUACCUAUGGGAAGGACUGUUCUCUGGAGUGCUCCUGUUCCAACUCAGUGGACUGCUCUCCCAUUGAUGGGACCUGCUUCUGCAAAGAGGGCUGGCGAGGGCGGUACUGCUCCAUACCCUGUUCUAAGGACACCUGGGGCCUGGGUUGCAACGCCACAUGCCAGUGUGCCAAUGUGGCUUUGUGUAACCCAGCAGACGGAUCCUGCACUUGCUCUCCAGGCUGGCAGGGGCCCCUGUGCGACCAACCAUGCCCCAUGGGCACGUUCGGGCCAGGCUGCCUGAAGAGGUGUGACUGCCUCAAUGCAGACAGCUGCCAGGGUGCCAGCGGGCAGUGCCAGUGUCUGCCAGGGUGGACUGGUGCUCGCUGUGCCCAGACAUGCCCAGAGGGUACAUGGGGACGUCACUGUAACCAGAGCUGCUUCUGUCAGAACAGUGCCACCUGUCUGCCACACAGCGGUGCCUGUGUUUGUCGCCAAGGUUACUGGGGACCCACCUGUCAGCAUAUGUGCAGUGCAGGUGUGUAUGGUGACCAGUGCAGUAUAACAUGCCCGUCCUGUGCCCACUCCUCCUCCUGCCACCAUGUCACAGGCCAGUGUGUGUGUACCCCCGGGUACACUGGAGCCCUUUGUGAACAAGCCUGUCCAGUGGGUCUCUAUGGUAAGCAGUGUACUGGAGUGUGUAGAUGUGCCCACAACUCAACGUGCAACCAUCAAGAUGGGUCCUGCUUCUGCCCCCCAGGAUGGACAGGCCCUGACUGUACUUUACAAUGCCGUCCUGGGAUGUUUGGCCUUAACUGUGCCCAAGUCUGCUCCUGCCCACCCAACUUCUACUGUGACCCACAGACAGGGGAGUGUGUGUGUGAAUCAGGACCAGGGAUCGACUGCAAAAAAGAACGCUUUGUGAGUAUGAUGGUGCCCGUGUCCCCGGGGGAGAGGGACUCAUGGGGGGCCAUCGUGGGUAUCGUGGUGCUGGUCAUCCUGGUGGUGCUGCUGCUGGCCCUGCUACUGCUCUACCGCCGCCGGCAGAAAGACAAGCAAGCCAACACACCGACAGUCUCCUUCUCCACCUCGCGCACCGUCAACUCCGAAUACGCAAUACCAGAUGUUCCUCACAGCUACCACCACUACUACAACCCCAGCUACCACACACUGACUGGGGGCAGACCCCCUCUACCACACGUCCCCAACAACCAGGACCGCGCCAUCAAGAACACCAAUAACCAGCUCUUCUGUAACGUGAAGAACAUGGAGAGGGAGAGAGGGCGAGGCCUGUUUGGGGUGGAGAGCAAUGCCACUUUGCCUGCAGACUGGAAACACCAUGAGGCUGGCAAAGAACCAGGAGCUUUUGGCAUUGACCGCAGUUAUAGCUACAGUGCCAGCCUUCAUUACAACAAAGAGCUGAAGGACACUGUGGUGGCAGCUAGCAGCAGUUCUCUGAACAGUGAGAACCCCUACGCCACCAUUAAAGACCUGCCCUUCGGCCCUCCCGAGAGCAGCUACAUGGAGAUGAGGACGACCGUGCCCCAUGAGAGGUCCUACACGGAGAUCAGCCCUCCACCAUUCAGCACAGCAACAUUACGCAGAGAGCGCAGUUCCCUUGGCCAGGUCCCAGAGCAGGAGCCCCAGAAUCACUAUGACCUACCUGUGAACAGCCACAUCCCAGGACACUAUGACCUGCCACCUGUCCGCCGCCCACCCUCUCCCACAUGCAGGAGACUGCCCCAAUGACACCAGCCCUACUCUGAACAUCACAAUCAGAAGAAAAACUUUACUGCCAUUCAAAAACAUUGGUAGGAAAUUGUCUUGGGGUUACUCAAGGCUACAAAACAGUCAGUUGCACCAGUGAUAGUCAGGGCAACCUGACAAAGUGGGUUUACAUAGUAACACUGUCCCCUGGUGGAUUAAAGUGGCAUUUUCUCCACCGUUAAACACUUGUGAUCCAGACGUGAGGGCCAAGGCAUGCAGGGAUAGGCUUUGAGGAUGCCAAUAUCACAGUCUGAGGGCAUACAUGCAUACAUUUGAAUUUGACCAAACUUGGGAUUCCUUCAAAUGUUAUUUUCAUACUGCAGAUGAAGGGACUUGGCUUGGAGCACAUGCUUUGGCAUACAAAGCUUUUGACCAGAAUUGCAUAAACCGGGACAGCAAUUGAAAUACAUUUUUAUAUCUCCAUGAUGUCAGUAGUUCAGUACAAUGUCCUCUCAAACCCCCUUUCCCCUCCCCUAUAUUCCAUAGAAUGUCAGCUUCCAAUUCGGGGAAAUCCAGAGCAUGUUUGUACAGCUAGCUCCUCAAUGUUUUUCAACGUAAUCAUGCAAUAUGUUGUAUAUAAUGUACAUAAAAUGGCAGAACAUUGUA